AUGGUUGCCUUGCGCAAUGCUCGUGUUCGGCGCUAUGUCCUUCUUUGCCAUUUCUUCUGCUUUUGGCAUUUCGCAGCACGAACCUUACAGUUCUCUGCCCUGCCGCCGAAUUCAAAGCUGUUGAAGGACGUGGAGCACAAUGAGGUGCCAAGCUGGAUUCGGGAGCAAAUAUGCGACUUGGAGUAUGAUGAAGACAUCGCCAACAAGGUGGUAAAUGCACUGUCCGUUUUUCCAAGAAAGGUGCUGACGGAAAUGUCGUAUGAAAACAUAGCACUCGUUUUGACAGAAGCCCAGAUCGACGAGAGCGUUGUGCGACCAGUAGCAAUGGGUCUGUCCAACCGCAUUCAGAAGGGCAUUUCCCAACCACAACCCGUUCAGAGCGAUGUUCCCGAGAAUGUCAAGGCCUUCGCACGAGCUUUGGAUGAUGCAGAGCUGGAAGGGCAAAUUCUCAGAACGGAAACGGGCAGUUUCAAGUUGCAAAACGUUUCUGAAAUUUGGGACGAGAAGCAGUUCUACGUGCGGGGGUGCUACACAGAAAUUGCCGACAUCAUGUUGAAGAAAAAACCCCCCGUGAUGUCGCUUGAGCUUAAAGACUUCCCAGUUUUUCUGCACCAGAGGGACAUCAUCCAUCUGUUUCAGAAGGGCAAAGAGCCCAAAGAGGUGGAUGUCAAGACUUUGAGGUCAGCGCCUGCACAAGCUUUGUAUAUCAUGGAUGCCGACAUUGAUGUGGAACAUGGGGUCUUUUGCCAGUCUUUGUGGAUUACCUCUGCGCGGAGGCCCGAGACAGCGGCUUCCAACACGGAACAUUUCAAGCAAGCCGAGCGCUUUUCUGGGCAGUUCUUUAUGCCACCAUGGACGUUGACGGAGAUGCUGAGUGCAGAGGUCAUGGCCUUACACAAGCUGAAUGAGGAGGUUGUCAAGGAACGCUUCGGCAUCUUUGGUGGCACUGCGAGGCUUGUUUUGGAGAGGGACGAGACAAGGGCAGGCGUCGACCGAAGAAGGCUCGUAGAGGCCGUGCAGUCAGCAGAUGCGAUGCAAUGCCUUAAAGUAUCGUCUGACAUGAAAGCCAUAAGCAAGAGGACGCACUUGCUGGUGAAGAUGAUGCCAUGGCCAAACUUCAGCUGGUUUGAUGUGCAGUUGUCGUCUCCCUAUGUUCGGCAAGAGCUGGUGAAGCGAAACAGAGCAAAACGAGCCCAAGCUCUUUGGGAUCGUAUUGAUGAUGGGAUGAUUACGGGCAUCGGUUUUGCAUUGUUUGAGGAAGAGUUCCACCAGUUCAUGCAGGACAAGUCCAUCGGCAAGUUCAAGCUCCGAGCCAGAUGCUUGACAGCUGACGGGAAGGGGUCUGACACAACACAGGAACUCCAAGGUGGUCUUGAAGGAGUGCUGAUUUCGGGCAAUCCCGCAGCAGACAUCAAGGAUGGCGAAUACUACCAGCCGCACAGCAAAAACUUUCCUGCCUUUGACUCAUGGACCUCACAGGGCGUUUUUCAGCUGACGAUUGCCGAUACACAUGACAUCACCUUCAAUGACGGUGGCAAGGCAAUGUUUCAGUUUGAUAAGUGGAAGACUGUGCAGACAGUGAAACAGCCAGAGAUGGCUGAGAAGAUUGAGCAAUGGGUUGUGUGCUUUGAACAGAACCUUCCGAAGUGA